AUGCCAUCCAAGCCUUCACCCUCCGAGGCCCCAAAGCCCGUCGGGGCUGCGGAUGACCUCGCUGCCCGCACCACCGCAACUCCGGUGCUCCCACCCGCCUCUCCAAAGAAGAGCGCGAUGACGUCGGCGUUGCAUGGACCUGCAACGGAGAGCAAAAGCACCAGCACCACCUCGGCACCGCAGCACACUGGCCCGACCAUCGACGACGCCCUCUCUCUGCCGACGAUCCUUCCUAUUCCAGAGCAGACGGAAUGCCGAAGUCCCCACAGUUACGGGCAACAGCAGCAGCGACCCAACGGAGUUCGCCGCACCUUCCUCGUCAGCGAAAACUCUCCCAACAACGUGAUGGGCAACACGGCCCUUUCGUCGACGUCGACGUCUGGCCGUGCCACUGCCGACAACUUCACCGCGGCCGCAACUGCAGCAGCAGUGGUGCGGGUGUCGGCACAAGACGGUGGCUUUGCAGAUGGUUUGGUGGCGACGAACACCACUGCCACCACCGGCAGUGUCGAUGCCACCCACCUGCCGCUCUCGGCCCCCACGCCCACCUUGGCCACGAAGAGCCGGCAGACAGGGAAGCCGCCCAUGAUGAAUCCAAAUCUGUUCGCGCACGACGCACCAGAUGCCCCGUCAACACCUUUUAAUGGCCGCCCCUCCAGCUCGCUCACAGGCGGAGCUGCAGGGUUGGUGGUGUCGGCGCAGGUGAGCGCCCCCAUGACCCCCGUCGAGCCGAGCCGCACCAACCUGAUUGUGUACAACAUCGGCAAUAACAUGACCGAGGACCACCUGCACGAGCUGUUCGACGGGUACGGCUCGGUGGUCAGCUGUGCGGUGAUGCGGGAGAUCCACACGGGCCAGAGCCUCGGCACGGCGUUCGUCCGGUUUGCGACGCACACGGAGGCACGACGCGCCCUUACCGCGUUUAGCGACCGCACGAAUCAGCUUUUCAUUACGGAGUCGAAGCCGCUGGUGGUGCAGUGGGCGCGCAAGCAGCACGACGACACCCCAAUCGGCGAAGCCCGCAAGAAGAUCAUGAAGCUCUUUGUGCGCAACAUCCCGCUGGACUGCAGCGUCGAGGCGCUCGAGGCGCUCUUUGGGCAGUUCGGCUGCGUGCGCCAGGUGACGCUGCACAAGGACACGGCCCUCGUGGAGGACGCCGCGCUGGAGCGGCUGAUCGCGUUUGUGAUCUACACGGAGGAGGGUGCGGCGGAGCGGGCGGCGACGGCGAUGCACAACACGCGGCCCUUCCCCUCCUGCAACGGCAUCCCGAUUAUGAUCAAGCUGGCAGAGAACGGCCAACGCCGUCGCUUCUACCGGAAUUCGGACGGCACGACGACGUCAGUGGCCAACUCCCCGAUGGCCGGCACGUCGGGCGCUGCUAUGAACUCGCAGACGCCCACCAACUCCCCUGCUGUCUUUUGGGGAGCCGGAAAUGAGGGCAACAGCAGCACAAAUGGCUUCUUCGGGUAUGGCGCGCAGGGCCCGCAGGUGAAGUACGUUCCUGCACCCCGGUCGCAGCUCUGUGACGCAGCGAUGCCGUCAGCCGCCUAUCCCUCGGCGUAUCAGGUGCCCUCGGUAGAGUACGUGUCGACGUACGCGCAGCCCGGUGGGGCUACGGGGGUGCUGACCACGGACGACUACGGCCUGUGCGGCCCUCAGUCGUACGUGAACAGCAACAGCGUUCCUACAACUGCUGCCACUACUCCUACUCACCCCAAUAACCGGAACUGGAGUUGCAGUUCUGCUGCCGUUGACGUGGCUUCGCAGCGCGGGACCUCCUGCGCCCAACUCUCCCAGCGCGGCGGCCCGUGCGACUACGAGGAUGUCGGCGGAGUGGACUCUCUAAUCCGUGUGAACGCCUUCCCCUCCGGCGGGUGCAGUGGCCACGGCAGCUCCACGUACUCGCUCCAUCAGGCGGCCAACUCGUUCGAUGCGAGUCUGACGGGCUUCGUUACCGAUCGCGGCUCCCACUCCUCCAAGUCGACAGCGAUCAGCACGGCGGAGAGCGGGUACGACAGCGGCAGCGGCGGCGGCGGUGCGGUGCGGUCCGUCUCAGCGGGUUGGCGUGGUGCCUCCGCGCAGUCGCGGCGCAGCGCGAACGACGGCAGUGCCAACGUGAGCGUGCACGGGUCACUGCCGGGGAGCGAGCAGCAGCUUUCCACGCCGGGCACUCGCGGUAGCGGCAGCAACAGCAGCCACAGUCGUAGGGAGUACAAAACCAGCACGCCGCUGAUGUCCGGAGUGUCGUCCGGAAACGGGCUUAGCCAGCCGCAGUACAGCGCGUCCGGCCCCAGCAGCAACUGCUAUUACAACUACAUGAAUUACAGCAACAGCAUCCACAACGCACCGCCUGCGAGGAACGGCACCACGAACGUGCCUCCGAUGUCUACCACUGUGCCGUCUGCCACAACCGGCGGCAUCCGCAGCAGCAACAACAGCGAUCCAAGCGGAGAGAGGGGAGCUACCGUGCAGUACUAUUUCUCCCCUGACACGGCACCGCGUUCGAACGGCAGCGGCACCGCGGCGAGCAGUCCGUCGAGGUCGACGGGGAAGCGCUAUUACAACAAUCCGUACUGCGCAGAGAGUCCCAAGUUGUACUGUUGA